ACUUUUACGACUCAGAUUCUGCCUACUACUCCGAAUCCUGACACCAAAUUGAGUUAUUUGUUUCGAGUCGACUUGAAUCUUCUCGCCUGUAUCUCAAUGUAUUUCGCCACCCUUGACUAUCAACCCUACGAAGAGAUUAUCGCUUCGCCGCCCAACUUUCGGCUCAAAACACUCAUUUUGCUUGGCGCCAAAGGAGUGGGUCGCAGGCAUAUAAAGAACUGUCUGAUAACAAAUCAUCCAGACAAAUUUGUUGCACCUAUACCGCGUUAG